AUGGUUUAUUAUAAACAAUCUCGAUUAAUUUGCAUUUUUAUACUCCUGUUUCUUAUAACUAAAGGCAUCGAUGCAGCACAAAAUUUACCCCCUGGACAAUGCGUGCAAAACUAUGUUAGUGGAACGGACUAUUUCCCUUCCAAAGUUUCCGUCACUACAGCCACUUUAUUUACCAUAAAUUAUAAUAAUAACUAUAAACUUGUCACAAACACUGAUACUAAAGAAAAUUUUGCACUUGUUCAAUGUGGAACUCCUGUUCCAACUAAUUUACCAGCCGGCACAAAGAUUUUUAAUAUAUCUCUUAAUAAUGUUGCUAUCUUGGAUACUUCAGUUGUACCUUUUCUUGAAGUCCUUGGUCUUAGAUCCAAUAUAGCUGCUCUGGAUCCCACUUCUGUAACCUCACCUUGUCUUCAGCUUCUUAGUGCUAAUUCUAGUGUGGUGACUAUUUCUAUGACUAACACAACAUUAGCAACUGAACAAUUAACAAAGGUUGACUCUGUAUUCAAUUCAAUGGUCGAUUUAACAAAUCCAAAAGCAAUUAGCAUUUCUGCUUCCUCUGAUCCUGGACCACUUAACAGAGCAGAGUGGUUGAAAUUUUAUUCAGCUUUUUUCAAUCUUGAAGAUAAAGCAAACACGAUUUAUAAUCAAAUAAGCGACAACUACAAUUGUUUAAAAUCAUUAAGCAAGACCAACAAUCCUCCUACCGUGGCUUGGGUUUCCUACAAUGCACCAUCAUCUUUUAAUAAUAAUACUGCAUCAUGGACAAUAAAUGAUGCGAUAUACAAAAAGAUUUAUACUGAAAAUGCUGGUGGCUCUUACUUUAAUACUACCCCUCAUUUAUAUUCUACAAGCGCCAGUUUUCUUUCCGCUAUUGCGAAUGUUGACAUUUUAAUUGAUGAAACACUUACUGCUCUCAAUAUUACUGAAGUUUACACAAACUAUAAUUUAAAUUCUAAUGAUAUUUACAAGUUUGUUAAAAAUCAAGCUAUUUACAGAGAAGAUGGUUUAAUUAGUCCAACUGAUGGAAGAGAUUGGUUUGAAAAUGCUAUUUUAAUGGCAGAUGAGGUUUUAGAGGAUAUGAUGAAUAUAGUUAAUCCUAAUUUACCUACAUCGAGCUAUAAGAGAAUCUGGCUAAGAAACGUUGCAAAGGGCGAAACUGUAAAAACUAAACGUGACAGUGAUUGCUCCAAUGUAUCAGCUCCUUUAACGGACGAUGCGGUUCAAUGUUCUUCACUCAAAAGUAGUAAAAGUAAAGCUGCGAACAACUCUCCUAAUUCAUCAAUUUUCUUAUUACUAUUUACU